AAAUGACCGGGAGCAUGGAGGGAAUGAUGGGCCAAAAAUGGAGGAUUCCUCCACUCGAGUUCGGAAACCAAAAUCAAUUGGCGAGCUUUUGUCCAAUGAAUUUUCUCUUCCUUUUUCCCUUCUACAAUCAUAUAUCAUGACCAAGGGUACUUCCUCAUUCGGUAAGCGCCAUACCAAGUCUCACACUUUGUGCCGUCGUUGUGGUGAUCGUUCUUAUCACAAGCAAAAGAAGACCUGUGCUCAAUGUGGUUACCCUGCUGCCAAGAUCCGAUCCUUCAACUGGUCUGAAAAGGGUAAGAGAAGAAAGACUACUGGUACUGGUCGCAUGAGAUAUUUGAAGGUGGUCCAUCGUCGUUUUAAGAAUGGUUUCCGUGAAGGUACCCAAGCCAAGGCUAUUGCUGCUUAGAUUCUCCGUAUUCUCCUCAAACAUACUUUUUUUUAGUUAUCCCCCCUUGAUCUUUCACACACACACACACAUUCACAUAUACAUUUCAUUACGACAACGAUUCUAUCUGGACAAUAAAAAAAAUACACUUAAAUGAACAAAA